ACUUCGCACCGCUCCCUCGCAGGACUUUCGCUCUCGUCCCCUCUAUAAUAUUGCGAUGGCCGAACACGACAAGACAUCCACUUCUUCUAUCGAGAAGCAGCCUGCUGUGUAUACCCUCGAUGAGCGGAGGCGUGCGGCCCUCGCAGAAGUUGACAAUGCGAGCUUCUCAUGGUUCCAUGUUAAAGUCUGCAUGGUCGCUGGUGUCGGUUUCUUCACCGAUGCGUACGACAUUUUCGCGAUCAAUAUCGCGUCGACAAUGUUGGGAUACGUUUACGGUCCCGGCCACGCUGGUGCCUUGAUUGCAAACCAAGACCUUGGUAUCAAGGUCGCUACGCCUUGUGGCACUCUUGUCGGUCAACUGCUGUUUGGAUGGCUCGCCGACAUCGUCGGUCGCAAGCGAAUGUACGGUAUCGAGCUCAUGAUCAUCAUCAUCGCGACUUUUGGUCAGGCGGUUGCUGGCCAUGGACAUGCAGUCUCUCUCAUCGGCGUCCUCGUCGUAUGGCGGUUUAUCCAAGGCGUCGGUAUUGGAGGAGAUUAUCCUUUGUCCGCAGUAAUCUCGUCCGAGUUCGCUGCGACGCGAACGCGCGGCAGGAUGAUGACGGCAGUUUUUGCUGCGCAGGGCUGGGGAAACUUUACCGCCGCCCUCGUUGGCUUGAUAGUCGUCGCCGCCUUCAAGAACAAGAUUAUCCACGAUGAUCCGAACGAGUUCUUCCACAUCGAUUUCACCUGGCGCCUGCUCAUCGGUCUCGGAUGCGUGCCCGCCGUGAUCGCACUUUACUUUCGUCUUACCAUCCCCGAAACUCCCCGUUUCACCAUGGACAUCGAGCGCAACAUCAAGCAAGCUGUGUCUGACGUCGAGCAUGUUCUCAGCGACGGCACUUACGUGGUCGACCCUGACGCAGUCGUGCAGCGCGUCGACGCGCCAAAGGCUUCGCGCCGCGAUUUCGUCGCGCAUUUCUCCAAGUGGGAGAAUCUGAAAGUCCUCAUCGGCACCUCCUACUCUUGGUUCGCUCUCGACAUCGCGUUUUACGGUCUUGGUCUUAACUCAUCCAUCGUGCUCACCGCUAUUGGCUUCAGCGGCGCAGGAAAGGCGACCGGCGCUACCAAGGCCUACCUCACCCUCAAGAACGUCUGCGUGGGCAAUCUCAUCCUUUCUGCCGCCGGCCUUAUCCCCGGAUACUACGCCUCUUUCCUCCUUAUCGAUACCUGGGGCCGCAAGCCCAUCCAGCUCAUGGGAUUCACGGUGCUCACCGUCCUCUUCGUCAUCAUGGGUUUCGGCUACGACAAAUUGACGGCAUCGUCCGGCGCUACAGACGCCUUCGUUUUCCUCUACUGCUUGGCCAACUUCUUCCAGAACUUUGGCCCCAACACUACGACCUUUGUGGUACCUGGUGAGGCGUUCCCGACGCGCUACCGUUCGACCGCGCACGGAAUUUCGGCUGCCUCUGGCAAGCUCGGCGCCAUCGUGGCGCAGGUCGGCUUUGCGCGCCUGAAGGAUAUUGGCGGCAAGAACGCCUUCGUCAAGCACAUUUUGGAAAUCUUUGCGUUCUUCAUGCUGACCGGCAUCUUCUCGACCCUCCUUAUACCCGAGACCAAGCAACGGUCUCUCGAAGAGCUUUCGAACGAGACCCAGGAAGGCUUUGUCCGUGGUAUUUCCAAGCCGAAGGACGGUCGUACAGUUCCCGCUGCCGCUCUCUAAUUCCCCAUCUUGCGGUCUGUCGAGACUCUGAUGUAACCUUUAAAACUCCUGCCUGCUACUCGUAUCAAUCACGAAAUGCUAUGCACUCUCGUUUUCUCCUUGUGGGGUGGAUGUCGAUGUAAUGUUAGGUAGACUAGAAUCUGGAUGUUGUAAUGCCGA